UUUCGCGCCCCCUGAAAACUCUCGCGCGUGCGUAGAAAAUUGAAUUUGGUACGGAAGGUGCUUGUGGCUAGCUAGCAAGCUAACGAUACGAUAACGAAUAAACACAGUAGUAUGCUGCCCAUACAAACACUCAAGGCCUAGUAGAAACACCAUGGAAGAGUCAGGAGGCAGGCCACGCUACCCCAAGCGGGAAGACAGGAAGAGGGGCCCUGUGGCUGACGAAGCUGAGACCUGGAGGAACCAGGAUGCAGGGAGAGGAUACAGCCCCAAGCCGGAGAGGCGUGGCCAGGGGAAGAGGGGAGGCCAGGGAGGGAUCCACCGCGCCAGCGCCAAGAAGGGAGGGAUGGAGUCACUGAGCAGCUCCCCUGGAGGGGGAUUCAAGGAAGGCCACAGCCCCUCUCAGAGGGAGGACUUCCAGAGAGCCAGGUACCCAGAGAGCCAGCAGGCCGAGGGCCGGGAGGAGAACUGGAGAGCGCGCCCUUCACAGUUCUGGAGGAGAACUUCUCGGGGAGAGGACAGGGAGCAGAGGAGAGACAACGUUGACAACACAGUUCACUCAGGGGGCAGGAAUCGUAGGAACCGUAACUGGAGGCGGUGUCUAGGUGAGGAGGACCAGGGGCCGGUGGUGGAUGAGUCAGCUCUGUCAGCCAAAGAGCUGCUGGGACUGAAACAGGCGGAGGACAACAUCGGCAGAGAGAAGAUCUUCCGUCUGAAGAAGAGGUCCUACAGUAACCCCAGUGCUGUCUACACCUGCGCUCUGUGUGAGGUACUACUGGACUCUGUCUCUGAAGCUCACAGACACAUCAAAGACAAGUGGCACAAGAGGAGAGCGAAGGAGCGUCGUGAGGAGGCGAUGCUGACGGAGAUUGUGCCCCCCAGGGCGGAGCAGGUGGCAGCGGUGGGCGUGGCCCUGGAGGGCGUGGUCAGAGAGAGAGGGAUGAGUGACCAGGAUGUAGAGAACAGACAACAGAUCGUCUCCAACAUGCAAGAAGUCCUAACAGCCGUCCUGCCUGAGGUGAAACUCCGGCUCUAUGGGUCGUCCUGCACCAAGUUUGGUUUCAAGGAUUCUGACGUCAAUAUUGACAUCCAGUUCCCACCUCAUAUGCAUCAGCCAGAGGUUCUGUUGCUGGUACAGAAGAGUCUGUCAGUCAGCCUUCUCUAUGGUAACCUGGAGGCAGACUUCCAUGCCAGGGUACCUGUGGUCAUCUGUAAAGACCAGGGCAGCGGUCUGGUGUGUAAGGUGAGCGCAGGAAAUGACAACGCAUGCCUGACCACCUCCUUCCUGUUUGAGCUGGCCAAUCGGGAGCCUCUCCUGCUGCCGCUGGUCCUGGGCUUCAGACACUGGGCUCGGAUCUGUCACGUGGACCGAGCGGAGGAGGGAGGUCUGCCCCCGUACGUCCUGGCUCUCAUGGUCAUCUACUUCCUCCAGCAGAGGAAACGGCCCGUACUGCCUGCCUACCUGGGACACGAGAUAAAGGAGUUCUCCAUUAGCCGGCUGUAUGACUUCAGGCUGACCUACAUGGAGGAUGGCUUUGUCCACUGGGGUUACUACCCCGUCUCUAAGGACUCCUCCUCAUCCUCAACCCCAGAAACCAUCUACAGGGAGGGCAAGGCUCCUCUGGUGUUCCAGAGACCUGUCUCUCCUCCAGCGGUGGGUCUUCUGUGGGUGGAGAUGCUGCGUUUUUAUUCGCUGGAGUUCAACAUGGCGGAAUGUGUCAUCAGCGUGCGUAGCAGCCUCGUCUUAUCACGGGACGCCAAGGACUGGCCCAAGAAACGCAUUGCCGUGGAGGAUCCGUUUGCGGUGAAGAGGAACGUGGCUCGUACAUUGAACAGCCAACAGAUGUACGAGUACAUCCUCCACUGCCUCAAAUCUACCUACAAGUACUUCGCCCUGCCCCUCAGCCUCCCCUCAGCCAACCACAAGAUGGCAGGGACGCGAGGAGCCAAUCACAAGCCAGGGCCCGGUCAGAAGGCUCUGAGUGACGUGAGCCGUGUCCAAUCAGGGUUGAGCAGUCUCAGCCUGGAGUCUCAGGCAGCCAAUGGGCAGAAAGGAGAGGCAGGCUUUCAGCAGGACUCUGACUGUAUGGUGGAGGAGGAAGAGGAGGGGAGCCCUUCAGACUCUGAUGAGGAAGGAGAGAAAGAAGAGAACAGCCUGUCUGAGGAGGAAGAGGAGGAUGAAGAGCUAGAUGAGGAAGUGUAUCCCAGACAUCACCUAGACAGUGUGAACACGGAGGACGAAGAGCUGUUCCCAUUGGACGAGGUCUCGGAGGAGCUUCUCUCAGACGAGGGGCCAGACCUAGACACUCCCAGUUCAUUGGAUGAGGAGGAGGAGGAGGUGGUAGCCCCGCCCAAACAGGAAGUGCUUGACAACAAGACAGAGGGGGCCAGUGAUCUCUGCUAUGCCUUCACCAGACAGGCCUUCACCCGUGGAAAGUCCCACACAGUGGUGUGCGGUGUGUGUAAGCGUGACGGCCAUCUAAAGAAGGACUGCCCUGAGGACUUCCAGAAGGUUCAGCUAGCCCCUCUCCCUCCCAUGACGCCCGCCUUCCUCAAAACACUCAACACCGUCUGCCAACAGUGCUACCGAGACUUUGCUCCAGAUGAGGUGGAGGUGGGGGUGAGAGAACACAUCCUACUGGACCUGGAGAGCUUCGUCAAACGACAGUUCACUGGUGCCAGACUGAGGCUGUUUGGUUCGUCUAAGAACGGCUUUGGCUUCAAGCAGAGUGACCUGGACAUUUGUAUGGUGCUGGACGGACAGGAGACCGCUGAAGGUCUGGACUGUAUCAGCAUCAUAGAGUCUCUGGCCAGACUGCUGAGGAAACACCCAGGUCUGAGCAACAUCCUCCCCAUCACCACGGCUAAGGUCCCCAUCGUCAAGUUCUACCACGUUAGGACAGGCCUGGAGGGAGACAUCAGUCUCUACAACACGCUGGCCUUGCACAACACGCGUCUGUUGGCCUCGUACGCUGCCAUCGACCCCCGAGUCAAGAUGCUGUGCUAUGUCAUGAAGGUGUUCGCCAAGUUGUGUGAUAUAGGUGAUGCGUCUCGAGGCAGUCUGUCGUCCUACGGCUUCACCCUGAUGGUGCUAUUCUACCUACAACAGAGGAACCCACCUGUUAUACCUGUACUGCAGGAGAUUUAUGACGGGGAGGAGAAGCCUGAGGUUUUGGUAGAUGGAUGGAAUGUCUACUUCUACAAUGAUCUGGAUAACCUGCCUGAGCGGUGGUCCCAGAAGAACCUAGAGUGUGUAGGAUCUCUGUGGCUGGGCCUGCUGCAGUUCUACACUGAGACCUUUGACUUCAGAGAACACGUCAUCUGCAUCAGACAGAGAGCAGCUCUUACCACCUUCAACAAGCAGUGGACCUCCAAGUACAUCGUCAUCGAGGAUCCUUUUGACCUGAACCAUAACCUGGGAGCUGGCCUGUCCAGGAGAAUGACCAACUUCAUCAUGAAGGCAUUCAUCAAUGGCAGAAGAGUGUUUGGAACAACAGUCAAAGCCUACCCUCCUGAGUACACUAGUCAGAUGGAGUUCUUCUUUGACCCGGAGGUGCUGACAGAAGGACAGCUGGCUCCAAACGACCGCUGCUGCAGGAUAUGUGGCAAGAUCGGACACUUCAUGAAAGACUGUCCCAUGCGCAGGAAGUCCAGGCAGCGUCGUGAGCAGGAGGACCGAGCGGAGGGAAGGAGGGACUGGGCGGAGUCUGAGGGGGGCAGGGAACAUCGUCAGGGUGACCACUGGAGAAGACAGGAAGAGAAACGGUGCUGCUUCCUUUGUGGAAGCCACACCCACAUGAAGAAAGACUGCCCCCAGUACAGAGGACCUGCAGGCGCCUUCUCUUCUUCUCCCUCCUCUACAAGCCACAGAGGGAGAGUAAGACCGGUAUGAUGAACACGCACACGUGUUCCAGGCAGUCUAGCCAGCAGAGGCACAUGGGUCGGUGUGGUCCCAGGAAGGAGCCCAGUGGACUGAGGAGAGAGAGAGAGAGGGAGAUACAGAGGGAGGAAAGGAAGGGGAGAGAGAGAGGCAGCUCUAGCCCCAAACUCUACUCCCUCUUGAGGUCUAACCUUCAGUCCACCAGGCUGAACCUAGAACACCCGGAACAUAGAAUCCAACCUGUUGGAACCUCGGUGGAUGGUUGGCAGAGCCUGAGAAGGCUGUCUCCCAAAUGGCACCUUAAUCCCUAUGUUGUGCCCUACUUAUGGCCAGGGCUUUUACGUUUGACCAGAGUGAGAGGGUCUUUUAUGUUUUAACCACCACUCCUGUCUCAGAGGAACUCUUUUUAAAGCGUUGUAUUGUGUUUUUAAGUGAAAAGCCAUUUUGCAUGCUCCUCCUGUAAUACAUAAUACAAAAAAUAUAUAUAUGUUUUUUAAAUGUUUUUUUUAAGAGUGGUUAUUUGUUUGAUUUGUCUAGUGCACUGACAUCCUCCCAAACACCCCUCUCUUCCACUUCGGAAAGCAAAUCCAGUUUGAGCCAAGCUGUGUGACUGUGUGUGUUUGUCUGCACAUUUACAGUUUUACAUUUUAGUCAUUUAGCAGACGCUCUUAUCCAGUACGACUUAGUUAACAUUAAAUUCCACCUAGUCUAUCAGAGGGGAAGGUGGAGCUUGUAACACCAUAUUGCUUAUACAUACUGAAUCAAUUACCCUUUUUGAUCUAUGCAAUUGCACACAGGAUGGGUUUGGGCUGAGGGUUGAUUUGGGGUUUGGCGUACAUCAGGUGAUGAAGGAUUGGGGUGCAGGGGUAAGACCAGAAACAUGUUUUGAUGUUGCCUUUCAUGGCCACAGUGCCUCUGAUUGGUGGGCCUGGUAGCUGUAAUGUGAGGCUCCGCCCUCUGUGUUCUGAGACCUGCUUUAUAAAUAAACUGUAAUUUCAUGUCCUGAAGAUGUUAAGUAUGUUAUUCUGAUGUAUUUUUCUAUCAUUGAAGAUGAGAAAGCCAUUGUGCAAUGUUGUCUUUUUCUAAUCUUCCACAAUGAUCAGAGGUUAAAGGAAAAUGCCACCCAAAAACUAUAUUUUGGUAUUUGUUUCAUUCGUCCAUUGUGACAUAGUACCAACAUGUUUUGCUAGUCAGCAAUCAAGUUGUCAAGAUAUGUAACCUUCAAAAUAAAACGAGGUGUUCUCUCA